AUGCCCGCUGAUGUGGGGACGCAGAUUUGCCGAUGUGGUGGCUGCCGCCGUCGAUUCAGAGUAUCGGCUAGUAUCCAGUCUGAUACAUUCAUGUGCCGAAGAUGUAUUCGGGAAGGCCGUAGGAGAGCGAGUGAGGUUGAGGCUGAGGAAAGGGAGAAGCGCCUAAAUUCACUCAAUAACGCUCCUAAGAGGGUCAUGACGCUACAUCGUGUGAGCUCGCAUUUCUUCCGUAUGAAAUCGAAAGUCUUCGGAAUCGAAUCUUCAUCGGACAGUCUAUCUGAUACUACCGAGAACCACACCAGGAGCAACAGUAGGACAAAUUUCAAUAUACGUCGUGGCUUCACGAGAGCUGUCGAUGCUGGACAAGUGGAAGUACCCGACAGUGAACAGUGUAAAAUUUGUUUCGACGCCGAGGCCAGAGUGGUGCUAUUGCCGUGUGGACAUGGAGGACUUUGUGAAGGCUGUGCUAAGGUAGUGUCAUAUGCAUAUUAA